AAAAUCCACAUCUGCUCCACAUCCCGCACCACUAGGGGCGGUAUUACACCAACUCGUUAACAUUAAUAAAACCAGAGAAGAAGAAGCGGGUUCUGUGAGCAGAGAGUUGGACCAGUUAUGGCUGAAACGGUGUCCAGCAGUGACCUGCAGGAGCGGAGGCCUCCACCCAAACGAAGACGAGUUCUCAACCCAGCGGCGAUCGUCCCCGUCCCGGUUUACUCCAGCAAGGUCAGCAGCGGUCUGCGGCUGAAGCCCACGGCGGCGCUGCUCUGCGGCUCGGAGCGUUCAGACGAUGGUGCUAAAGAGAGCCUGCGGUCAGAGUUCUCCUCAGCAGCGCCGCCCGUUGAGCUCCUGGACUCUGAGGACGAAGCAGAACCUCUGCACCAAUCGCAGCAUUCAGAGAGACUAGCUUCCAGAAGAAGUCCUCGCUGUCCGUCUCCUCCCCCCCCUCAGAGCCCGGUCCAAAAACAGUCCGUUCAGACCCGGAGGAAGAUCAGUGAGAUCGACAGGAAGCUCCGCGCCAUCAGCUCCACCCUGUCGCCAAGACCUCAGCACAGGAAAACCAGACGGUCCGGGACCGACAGUGACGACGGCGAUGAUGUCAUCAUGCUGAGCCCCGGGCCCAGUUCUGACCCGCUUCGUGAGAUCCCGUUGAAAAUCCGCUACAGAACAGAUGUCCACAAAGUUCUGGUGCUGCCGUCGACCCAGCUCAGCGAGGUGGUGGCCCAGCUGUCCGUCUCCCUGAAGGUUCCGCCCCAUCGCCUCCAGCUGCUCAGGGAGGAUCGGGAGCUGCCCUCAGAAUCUACGGUGGCCCAGUUGGGUCUCAGCAUCGCUGACAUCAUAGAUUGCCUGGUGACAUCAUCAGAGGAUCCAGACGGCAGCAGCAGCGCGGUCAGAGUGAAGCUGCAGAGCAAAGACAGAGAUUCCUCCCAGGAGUUCUCCAUCCAGCGGGAGGCGCCGCUGAGCUCCAUCUUCUCCCAGUACCUGUCCGGCCUGCCUGCUGGCGCCGCCCGGAAGGUCCGGUUCCAUUUCGACGGCUCCAAGGUGACGGGCAGCCAGACGGCGGCACAGCUGGACCUGGAGGACGGAGACAUCAUUGAAGUGUGGACCUGAGAAGAAAGCCGCCGGGUCGGUUCUGAUGAAUAAUGUUUGAAUAAAACCGACCCGGCGACGGUUCUGCUUUUUAUUUGAUCAGAAUGACUUCAGUUAUUGGAUCAGUUAUUAUUUUGAAUAAAGAUUAGAGAAGAAAAAA